AGGUUAUAUAGUAAUUUUUCUAUUGCAGUUUCCAGUCAUUUGUCCUGAAGUGCAUAUGUGAGUUGCUGGGAAAGGCUCUCCAAAUCCUUGCUGCAAGUGGGGCUCCCCAGCAACUGCGGAUCUGAAUGAUGCCAGUGAAACUUCACCAGCACCAACCGUGCAGUGAGAGAUAGGACAAAAUUGAUGUGGAUAACACUUCAUCGCAGACCACUCAACCUUCAGACAAUUGCCUAUACUGGUGGCAUCCGGAGCAGCCCUGUGAAAUACAGUCACAAUGCCUAAAAAUGAAAAGCCAGCCACCAAUGAAGGAAAUGAUGUCAGUGAGGUCGACAAUGAAGAAGACAGUGCAGCUGAGAAUCAAGAAAAUGACAGAGGAGCAGAUAAAGAGAGGAAGAGAGCAAAACCAAGAACCAGAAGGGGACAUGGAAGAGGAAGAGCCAGGCAAGGUGGUGAGGAGGAUGGAGAUGAUGAAGAUGGAAUAAGGAGAGCUGGGCAACGCAGGCAAAGAAACCGGAGAGGACGGGGCCGAGCAGGUGGAAAUGAGGGCAGUGAUUCUGAGGGGGAUCCUACAAAAGCCAGGAAGAACCAGGCAAAUCAAAAAUCAAAGGAAGGUGAUGAACAAGAGGAAGAUGAAAAAGGGGGUAAGAGUGGGAAAGGCAAAAAUGAGAAGAAACAGGACAAAAAGGCUGAUAAGAAAGGGAAGAAAGAAAAAGACCAGUUAUCCUCAGGUACUCGAGCCUCUAACUUGGAAGUCUCAGAUGGGGAGCAGAAUAAACCCCCCAAAGUUCAGCUGGAAACACACAGAGACCUACUAUUCCACCUGAACUGUUGUAAAUCCAUGGGACCAGAUGGGAUGAGGAUGCUGAAGGAGCUGCCAGAGGUGGUAGCCCAGCCACUUUCCAUCAUCCAUCAGGAUUCCUGGUCAACUGGAGAGGUCCCAGAGGAUUGGAAACUUGCCAGUGUGACACCCAUCUAUAAGAAGGGUCAUAAGGAGGAUCUGGGAUGA